ACUACGUAUGCAUUACAUACUUUAAUAAUAUUUUAGAAAAUGAUACUACUAAAUAGGUGAUUUAUGACAAAAUAUUGCGCCAUUAUCUAUAAUACAUUGUUAACUCUUUCUCUGAAUGCUUAAUAUAACUUUACGGGGGUAGUUUGACAUUUUCCAAAAUAAUAGUGGGAAUUUAAAAUCCAAGGGUGUCUUAUUUUAUUUUGAUUAAUAGGUCCAAAUUAGAUUAAGUUUCUAGACAUUGAUUGGAGGUGUUUAACCUCAACAAUUUGACCAACAUUUUAAUUUAGUAUUUUAAUAUGCAACUUGGGUGUAAGAGGGAGAAUAUGUCACCUUAGAAGAAGUCAUUAACAUCUUGAUUGCAUUGCUUUUGAGGGAGAGCAAUUCUUGUAAAUUUAGAGGGUGAAUAUUCUUAGGCUUUUUGUUAGAGAAUUUAGGGAUUGUUUAAUUAUUCAUACAAAUUCUUUUAUUUUUUUUCAAGUGUUGAACUUAUUUAUUGUAAGUAAUUCUGGUGAACUGUUAGAGAUGAGAGUUUUGGGUUAUGGAAUGAUGGGUUUAAGAGUUGGAUUGUUUCUUGCAUUGAUUUGCAUCCGAAUAAGCGAUAUAGCAGCACAGGAUGCUGCUGCUUUACAGGCCUUAACAGAAAGCUGGGGGAAUUUACCGCCGAGCUGGAAUACUGGAGAUCCUUGUGGCAACAGUUGGGAAGGAAUUACCUGUAGAAAUUCUCGUAUUGUUGGCAUAACAUUGGCAAAUAUGGAUUUGAUGGGUCAGUUGUCUGGAGAUCUUGCAACUUUGUCAGAACUCCGGAUUCUGGAUCUUUCCUAUAACCAAAGGCUUACAGGUCCUCUUCCUCCAAGUAUCGGGCAACUGACAAGGCUUACAAACUUAAUCCUUGUUGGUUGUCGUUUUUCUGGGAGAAUUCCUAACUCAGUGGGAUCUCUAGAGCAGCUUGUUUACCUAUCUCUGAAUGAAAACAGAUUUACCGGUGAAGUGCCAGCUAGUAUUGGUAACUUGAGAAAUCUUUAUUGGCUGGAUCUUGCUGAUAACCAGCUCACCGGAAGCAUACCUGUUUCCAGUGGGGACACACCUGGACUUGAUCUUCUAGUUAAUACAAAGCACUUUCACUUCGGAAAGAAUAGACUCUCUGGGCCAAUCCCACGUAGUCUUUUUAACUCCAGCAUGACUCUAAUACAUGUGCUUUUUGACAACAAUGAACUUACUGGAAGCAUUCCUUCAACGUUAGGUCUUGUGAGGACUUUGGAAGCUGUUCGUUUUGAUAGAAAUUCAUUGAGCGGGGAUCUUCCAACCAAUAUCGGCAACCUGAGCAAUGUCAAUGAGCUGGUCCUGUCCAACAAUGCACUGACUGGUCCUAUCCCUGAUUUGUCUGGCAUGGAAAGCCUAAGUUUAUUGGACUUGAGUAAUAACUCUUUUGAAGCAACAGAAGUUCCACGAUGGAUUGCUACCUUACAGUCGCUGACAACACUAAUGAUGGAAGAAACAAGUCUCGAAGGAUCGAUUCCAGACGAAUUUUUCAAUAUCCCUCAGUUGCAGAUUGUGAGAUUGAGGAACAACCAAAUUAAUGGCACUUUUGGAAUCGGCAGCAGCUACAGCAGUCAAUUGCAGCUGAUCGAUCUACAAAACAAUUCCAUUGGUGCAGUCACAGUAGCACCUGGAUACAAUUUCACAUUGAUGCUAGCUGAUAAUCCAUUUUGUCAAGAUAAUCGGGUGUCACUCUCUUACUGCAACAUUCAGCAGAAUCCUGGUUCCUCGUAUACUACAUUGCAAUCUUGUCCUGAUCGCCGUUGUCCUUCUGAGCAAAUUUCCAGCCCUAUCUGCAAUUGUGCAUAUCCGUUCACUGGAACCUUUAUAUUCAGAGCUCCAUCUUCCUUCGGGAACUCAAAUUAUUUCAGGGCUCUUCAGGUGGAUAUAUUGCGAAGACUUCAAAUUUUCAGGCUGCCUGUAGAGUCUGUUGCAAUUAGGGAUGUAGAUGUCGAUGAAUUCGGGUACCUAAAUAUGCAUCUGGCAGUAUUUCCAGCUGGGAUUGAUUAUUUCAAUAGAACGGGAGUUAUUUCAUUAGCGUUUGUGUUCAGCAACCAGACCUACAAGCCACCUGAAGAGUACGGUCCCUAUGUAUUUAGAGCUGACAUCUACACACAUUUUGAAGGUAGGUCACGAGACAACAGUCGUACAGGUAUAAUUGUUGGUGCCGCCAUAGGAGCUUCGAUUUUAUUGUUGCUGUUAAUAUGUGCGGGAGGCUAUGCGUAUUUUCAAAAGAAGAGAGCAAAGAAAGCGAAGCAGCAAGCCAAUCCAUUUGUAUCCUGGGACCCACAAGGAACUGGUGGUGAUGUUCCUCAGUUAAAAGGAGCCAGGUUUUUCACACUGGAAGAGCUGCAGAAAUGUACACACAACUUCUCCGAAGCUAACAACAUUGGUUCUGGUGGUUACGGAAAGGUUUACAAAGGAAUUCUUCCUGAUGGCCAAAUGAUUGCUAUUAAAAGAUCUCAGCAUGGAUCGAUGCAGGGCAGUCGAGAGUUUAAAAACGAGGUUGAGCUUUUAUCAAGGGUUCAUCAUAAGAAUCUUGUGAAACUUGUAGGAUUCUGUUUUGACAAAGGAGAACAGACACUGGUCUAUGAAUUCAUUCCAAAUGGUACACUAAUGGAAAGUCUUUCAGGAAAGUCUGGGAUUCGAAUGGACUGGAUAAGAAGGCUGAUGGUAACCCUUGGGUCUGCUCGGGGUUUGCAAUAUCUACACGAGCUUGCUGAUCCACCAAUUAUACACAGGGAUAUCAAGUCAAACAAUAUACUCCUUGAUGAACGUCUGACUGCAAAAGUUGCGGACUUUGGUCUCUCCAAGUUAUUUGGUGAUACUGAUCAGAAGGGUUAUGUUACAACCCAAGUCAAAGGAACAAUGGGAUAUUUGGAUCCUGAAUAUUUCAUGACUAAUCAGCUGACAGAGAAAAGUGAUGUGUUUAGCUUUGGGGUAGUUAUGUUGGAAAUGGUGACAGCAAGACAACCAAUACAAGAUGGCAAGUACAUAGUGAAAGAGAUAAAAGAAGCAAUGGAUAGAACAAAAGAUUUAUACAACCUUGAAAGAGUAAUGGAUACAAUGCUUGUUACAAAUACAAGUAUGCUAGUUGGUUUUGAAAAGUUUGUGGAUUUGGCAUUGAAGUGUGUGCAAGACGAAGGAAUGUAUAGGCCAACCAUGGGAGAGGUGGUAAAAGAAAUAGAGCACAUUGUGAAGCUAGCAGGUAUGAACCCCAAUGCUGAUUCUGCAGCGCCUUCACAAACUUACGAUGGAGUAAGUGGAGGGAACUUUAGUCACCCUUAUUCUGAUAAUUCACUUUUCAGUUAUAGUGGAACCAUUCCACUUACAAGGCCUGAAUGACAAGACUGCAAAUUCUUUUGAAAGACUUGUAUACAAUGUAAAUGUGUUCACUGUUCAAAAUUAAUCAAUACCCAAUUUUUUGUAACGUUUUUAUACGUAGUUUUUCUAGGUUCAAUUGGUUGUGUAAGCAAUUGGUUUUUUCGACUAAUUUUAUAUUUUGCUGGUGAAUUCUUUUAUAAGGUGAAAA